AUGAGCCUUCCACUCGACGAUCCGGGGGACCCGCCAGGGCCUGCCCCGGCGACGGCCGGUCUCCAACGCCCCUGCCUCUGCUUCAAGGCCCUUCGCCUGCACCAAGCGGCCCUGGAAGUGAAGGCCCGCGUUCGGGACGCGCCGGAGCCCAAUCCUCCGCACCAGGCGACACGGGACGAAAACCACACUCGCCGGGAUCGCGCGGAUGCGCCUGGGCCGAGCCCGGCGGCCAGCACCGCGGCGCAGGCGGCAGAGCACCCGCCGCCUGCAUAUCGCCUGGCACUGGCCGAGCUCCAACAGCAGCUGGCCACGGCGCAGAGCCAGCUGGCCGAAUUGCGCGCCCGGGACAGCGCGUCCACUCGGGAAUUGACCGCCCUGCGUGCGGCCCUGGAGGAGGAGCGCCUCCAGGCGGCUGGGCUUCGCCGUCGGCUGGCCGUGGCCCGGUUGGCCCCCCGGGCAAGGGCCCCGGCCGGCUGGGACCCGGAACAGGGCACCGCCGAGGAGACCGUGGCCACAGGCCCCCCCGGCCCCGGGGACCUGGCCGAACUGGUGCACGAGCUGCGUGCUGCCCUGCGAGACCGGCGGCCGGACACCCCGCGCGCCGGGCCGGGCCCCGCCAGGGACCCCCCUCCCUUGGAUACGGGGGCCCUCAUUCGGGCCGAUUCCCUCGGCCUCUCAAGGGGCGACUUCCCCGGCAUCCUGGCCCUGCUGUGGCAUCGGUCGGCCGAGUGGGAUGCCGGCCGGGUGGCCGGGUUUCUGCGGCGCUGCGCCGCGCAGUGGCCGGCGCCGCCGGUGCCCAGCGCCACGGUCGAGACCGGCGACGAGACCCCCGGCGGCCGGGUGGCCCCGUCGCAGCCGGCCGGGCUCGGCCUCCCGCUGGACGCGUGCAUCCAAUUUUUGGCGCGCGUGGGCGAGUGCCAGGACCCCGGGCCGGACUGUGUGUGCCGGGCCCCGGGCCCGAGAUCCAAUCCCCCGCCGGCCCCCUGCCCCGUGGCGUGGAUCCUGCGCAUGGCGAGCGCCGGCGACACUGGGCCCCAGGCGCUGCCGACGGCCGGCAUGGCCCGGGCCCUGCAGCUUUGGCUGGCCGAAUAUCUGACCGGGCCGCAUUCGGCCAUCGCCGGGGACGCUGCACGCGCCGGGCUCCGGCUGCUGGUGGCCGUGCUGGACCUGGACGAAGCGCCCGUCUCCGGGGGCACCCGCGAGCCUGGGUCCCGGGCCGGACUGACCGGCCGGCUCCGGGCCCUGGUGGCCGAGUGGCUGGUGUGCGUGGCCCUGGCGGUCGAGGGGCCGGAGCACGCGGGCGACCCGGGCAGCCGGUGCUGCCCCCUGGGCUCGCCGCUGCGGAUGGCCUCCUCGGGCCCGGCCUGCUGGCGGGCCUUCCGGUGUUUGGAGCUGGUGAACAGCCUCCAAGACCGGGUGCCGGCCGGGGUCCUGCCCGGGGGGGCAGAGGCCGAGGCGGCGCUGAGCGCCUGGCUGCCGGGGCAGGCCCCCGGACGCCGGUCAGCCGGCGCGGCCGCCGGCCCCGGCCACCACCCGCGCGGGCACUUCCGCGACCCGCAGCGCGCGGCGGCCACGCUGGCCCUCGGGUGCACGCUGCACGCCCUGCGGUGCCUGUACAUGCAGUGCAUCCUGUCGGUCGGGUCCUCCGGACACCGGUUCCGCCAUGGGUAUGCCCUGCGGCCGGACCGGCUGGGCCCGGUGCUGGGCACCCGGCAGCACCCGCUCCCGGCCCCGGGGAACCCGCUGACCGGCGACCCGGGCCAGCCGCGCAUCAAGGACUAUGCCCGGGGCCUGGCCGCCGGCCGGGACCAGCUGCUGGGAUUCCUGGUGACGCGCCUGGCGGCGCACUAUUCCGCGGCCGAUCCCCUUCCCGGCUUGCAGGCGGUCGUCGGCGAGGGGCUCGCCGGGGGCGCGGGCUGCUCGGCCAUGGCCGGCCCCUCUGCCCGGUCGCUGGCCGGGCCGCCGGGGCUGCUGCUGGCCCAGGUGGCCAUGCUGGCCGCCGGGCAGCCGGCCGUCGCCGUGCUCAAGCUGAUCCUCGAGCCACUCCGGGGGAUCAGCCCCCCGGCCGCGGUGGGGCCCGACCACUCGGCCCCCCGAGGCCAUGCGCCACACGCGGCCGGGUGGUCGCCGGCGGCCCCGGGCCCGGAUGACCCGCGGCCGCACUCGCCGAUCCCCCUGCCGGCCUUGUCGCAAUCGGCCCUGCUGGCGGCGGUGGACGUGUGUUCGGUGCUGCUGGUGACCCGGCCGCGCCCGGGCGUGCUGGGCCCCGGCCCCGGGGCCCCGGGGCAUCUCAGUCCGGAGCAGGCUCUGGUUCUGGAAACCGCCGGGCGCCUGUGCCUGCUGCUGGCCGCCGGGCCCCGGGAUCGCGGGGCCGCCAGCACCGCCGGGCCCCUGGCCGACAUGGUGGCCCACCUGCCGGUCCUGCCGCUCCCGGCGGCCCUGCUCCAUGCGCCGGCGGCCCUGCGCCUGGCGGUGCUCCUGUCCCUCGGCCGGGCCCGGCGCCUGGCGCUGCCACUGCGCGGCCCGGCGCACACCACCCUGGCCAUCCUCCGGCGAGAUGUGGCCCUGCCGCUCUGGCGCUCGCUCAAUGUCAGCCUGACACCGGGCCCGGGGUGGCCGCUUCCCGGGGACCCGCUGGCCUGGGUGGCCCGGCCGACGACCAACGGCCAGCCAGCAGGCCCCCCUGGCCCGGGCACUGGCGGCGGCGGCGGCGGCGGCGGCGGCGGCGGCGGCGGUGGGGCACCCUCCCCGGGGGGGACCCUCGGUCGUAGCCGCCCGGCCCUGGAGGACGGCUCGCCCGUCAAGCGCCGGCGCCCGGGUGCAUUCCUCCCCGUGGCCCGGCCGAGGCCGCUGGAGUAG